UUAGCUAAACCUUUCUUACUUCCGGUUUCACUUUCGAAGGUCGCACGUUGGUCCUAGUUUCAUAAUAUUUGUAAAUUCGCAAUGGGUUCUUCUGAAUCAACUCCGAGCAAACAAGAGAGCUCAAGUGAACCAGAGAAAAAAUUAAAACCAUGCUGUGCUUGUCCAGAAACGAGAAAAAUAAGAGAUGAGUGCAUUUUAGAAAAUGGAGAAGAAAAUUGCAAAGAAGCAAUUGAAGCACACAAAGAGUGUUUACGGAAAUUGGGAUUUAAGAUAUAAAAAGAUCUAAGAAAGUUUGAAUGGAGAGUUUUAUUAUAACCUUGAUGAGUGAGAGAAGACCCAGUGCUGUGUGUGCUCAAUUGAUUUGUGACUAAUCAUCAGUGACUUUUUUAAAUGCAUUGUUGUGUUUAUUUAUUAGUGUGUGCUCCCAUUUUUGAGAUUUUCUUUUAUAACAUUCAUAGAUAAAGUGUUUUCAGAAAGUG